AUGGCGGCCUUGGCGGCGAUUGUCGACAAGAGCGCUGUAGAUGAUAAGAACAUUAGCCUUUUCUACAACACCAGUAAGGCACAGCUAGCCAUCUCGUUGCAGUAUGGUGUCGCUAGCAACAACCAGGCUGAAGACACUUGGGUAACGGCCGACGAUCAUUAUAACAGAUACAUCCUGAAUCCGUCCUCCAUUGCGGCAGCCUACUACCGCGGACUUAAAUUUGUGGUAGCCAUGACGAUACCAAAGCAGUGGCAGGGCGAGGCAGAGGCGGAUGUCCAAAUAUCUCUUGUAUCGCCUAUCUGCCAAGAUCUCACACCAGGAACGUUCGAGAACAAUCAUAUUGCCUUAAGCACGACCACAGAUGGGAACCAAGGUUGGCUAUACUAUCUCAAUGAUGGUUCCGAUACUAGAAAAAAAGUGGUGGAGCUAGACCUCAACAGCAAAGCUACGCAGGUCCUGAGUAGUAUAGUCCAGGUAGAUUAUAACAGCUCUCUAGCUGCUUGGUAUGACCAAGUCAAUAAGGAACGGCAUAUUAUCUACGAAGGUGGGGGCCUCCGCGACUUCAAUAUAGAUAAAACUACUCUUACUACCGUACAUGCGGGCGACAUGAUCCCCAACACGUCUAUUGCGGUGACCUACUCUAGGUCAACCAAAAAGGUAUACCUCUAUUACUGUAACGUAACCCAGAAUAUCAUGCGAGCCGUUAUGAGUGGAGAUGAUUGGAAAGAUUCUCAUAAGAUCCAAGGCGCCCCCAUGGUUGCUGAGAACAGUCAGAUCACCGUUGCUCAGGCAAAUGGGUUUAAUCACGUAUUCUACAUUCCUAAGAACCUGGGCACGGAAGGAGACGAGGAUCAGAGCCCCUUUGCCCACCUCCUUGAUAAGAUUGAUUAA